AUGAGUUUUCCUCUUCAGGCCAGACGAGCCAGGAACCCCUUCCCGGGGCAGUCGUGCAGUUGGCAGAAUGCAACGGAAGAUGCUCCGUCUCAGGUGGUGCAGGCGUUCGUGCUGCCUGUCGCCUGGGUGCCGUCCUCAGCUCCUUGCCGCCUGGCCUUCCAAAGAGUGGGCACUGAGGUCACCGACCCGGUGGACAGCAUCCACCUCCUGCCCUCUCCACAGGAGUCCAGCAGCCUCGCGGAAGAGACUCUUAUCUGUCGCCGCCCCUGGGCGCCAGAGCCCCACCUGCUGAGCCGCUUGUGGAGGCCUGCGCUGACACCUCCAGCCUUUCCCUCGCAGCUGCCCCAGCGACGAAGGGUCCGGGGGUGGCGAGGCGGGGUACAGGGAAGGCGGGGCGGUCCCCAGAAUCUUGGACCCGCCUCAGUCAGGGAAGGAGCCGUCAGUGAGGCUGCUGUGCGCUGGGAUAGAGGCCCCCGGGGCGCGCCGGGGGUGCUGAAGGCCCUAGGUGUGGGGAUGGCGGACGAGGCUGUGCAGGAAGGGGAGGAGCGAUGGGAGAGAGAGGAUUCCAUCCUGGUGGAGGAGCUGGUCCUAGUGGUGGGGGACCUAAGGAUGGUGCUGCAACUUCCCGUGUUGGAGGCGGAGGACGGAGAGGACGAGGAGCACACGGAGGAAGACACGGAGGAGGAAGAUGAGGCUAGGGAGGUUGAGAAGUCGGAGGAGGAGGGGAGGGGGAUGGAGGAGGCUGAGGAGGUUGAGCAGGAGCCAAGGGAGGAAGAGAAGACUGAGGAAGAGGAGGAGGUGGAGGGGCUUGAAGAGGCUGAGGAACAGGAGGGGGAGGAACAGGCUGAGGAGCAGGCUAUUGCGGAAGAGGCUGAGGUGGGGGAGGCUAAGGAGGAGCAUGUUGGAGAGGAGGUGGCUGAGGAAGAGGAGGCUGAGGACUCUUUCAUCUCCAGCCCUCAGAGGGUCCUUGGCUUACAGCAGCUAGUGAACCUCUCCCAGAUGUCAGCCAUGAUCAGUAAGCAAGAUGAAGGCCUCCUUGGCUACAUAACGGAACCCCUACUUGCGGAUGAAGUCGUGAAGGAGUAUGCCCGCAGUGCUGCUGGUAAGAGGCUGCCACCUGGAGGGACGGCCGCAGGUGCUGGAGGGCGGGUCGAACCCAAUUCAUUACCCGGCGCCUUCUGCCAACCUCGUCUUCCGGCAGGGUACGGGCCGUCCCAUUCCACUCCCAUCCAGUGGCACCAGGAUUAUGAACGGGAGGCCUACAGUCGCAGGCACCACAACCCCAGUCUUAAAUUCUUCAACUGGUUCUCUGACCACAGCUUUGCUGAGUCUAACAGGAUUGCUGAGAUCAUCAUGGACGACCUGUGGCCCAACCCCCUGCAGUACUACGUGAGGAAGAAGGACCCAUGA